UCAAGAGAUGACAUCGUCUAUUUAUGAACAUUGCGUGAAUAAUGUCGUCUCCUCGUCCAAAAUCUCCGCGACCUCCAAUAUCUGCGAGAAAGGAUGAAAAAGAAGAAAGUUUUUGGGAUAAAAUUGGUACUUUGGGCCGAAAAAAACGUAUUAAAGAAGUUCAAGAAGUACAGGAAGAAGGAAAAUAUGCAAUUGACUCACCAGGAUUUGCAGCUAAUCCUGAAAUGCCACCAGAAGAAUAUGCUUUAGAUGAAAAUGAAGAACGUUCAAUGAUAGAACCUAGAUCUUUAGAAGAUUCUAAGCUCAAAGAACUAAUAUUUGUUUUAAUUGAAUGGAUUAAUGAUGAAUUAGCUGAUCAACGAAUUAUUGUAAAAGAUAUUGCUGAAGAUUUAUAUGAUGGACAGGUACUACAAAAAUUAUUAGAAAAAUUAACAGGAGAAAAAUUAGAUGUACCUGAAGUAACUCAAUCUGAAGAAGGUCAGAAACAGAAAUUAGCAGUUGUUUUGUCUACUGCUAAUCGAGUAUUAGGUCGUUAUCCUCCUUAUAAAUGGCAUGUAGAAUCUGUCCAUUCAAAAAAUAUUGUUGCCAUUUUACAUUUAUUGGUUGGUUUAGCAAGACAAUUUCGAGCACCAGUUAGAUUGCCAGAAAGAGUAGCUGUUCAAGUUGUAAUUGUGCGCAAAAAAGAUGGUCAAUUAAUACACAAUACAAUUAGAGAAGAAAUUACAUCAACUUAUGAUGAUUUGGGAAUGCGUUGUGAACGAGAUGCUUUUGAUAGUCUUUUUGAUCAUCCAGCUGAUAAAUUAGCUGUGGUUAAAAAAUCGUUAGUUUCUUUUGUCAAUAAACAUUUAAGUAAAGUUCAUUUGGAAGUGACAGAUUUGGAUACACAAUUUCAUGAUGGUGUUUUUUUAACACUUCUACUUGGACUACUUGAAGGCUUUUUUGUACCUUUAGGUAGUUUUCAUUUAACGCCUAAAACUCAUGAUCAGAAAGUACAUAAUGUUUCAUUUGCAUUUGACAUUAUGCAAGAUAUUGGCCUACCAAAACCUAAGGCUCGUCCAGAAGAUAUUGUAAAUUUAGAUCUCAAAUCAACUCUACGAGUAUUAUAUAAUUUAUUUACAAAAUAUAAAAGCAUGAAUUAA